AUGGACGUCAAUCAGAAACAGAGUUUGCGACAAAAGGUGAGGGACCGACUCUCUGGAAGCUCUCGAUCCCGCUCGACGGUCGGACCCAGGGAUAAAGACCCGGUCGAGAUCGCGUUGGAGCCGAUAUCGCCACAAAGGCCGCGCGACAACCAUGGAUUCGUCCAUCGGCAGACGAUACUCUCGUGCUUCUUGCAGCUCCCGCCCGAGCUACAGUUCAAAAUAUUGGGGUAUCUCGACUUUGGCGAGAUCCUGCGGCUGCGGCAGAGUUGUCGCCUAUUUCGGGAUAGCAUCAACCAUCAGGUGAUGACGACCCUGUUUCCUCAGCUCGUUGAGACGAUGCUGAGCACGUGCUACAUCUGCCUGAGGCAGAUGAGAAGGGAUGAAGUUGUGUUGGGGAACGGCGGGCAUGUGCGAUAUCCGAUGACCAGCAAGUGCUUCAACUGCAUGGCGAAACGGUCGGGCUUCACGGUCGGACGGCUUUACACUCUGGCCAACUCGGAACAAGUCUAUGCGUGUCGCUGGUGCGGGAUUCCCGUGACGGCGGAGAUGGGAUACAACCGGGCAGAGUAUCACAACGCCUGCUAUCAAAAGUUUAAGGUGGUUUUAUGGCUGCAUUAUAAGAUUGGGGUGAUGCAGUGGGUGGUGGUGAUUGCCUUGGUCAUGGCCAUUUGGGCAAGUAUAUUGAACUUUGCCAGGGGACUAGCCAUGAGGACGUAUCACUGGUCAGUGCUUACGGAGCUGCUUAUCAUUGUUGCUUGGAUACCCCCAAUGUAUGAACUUGUCGACAAGGGGGUUGUCAACCGAUCAACCAGCGAUCUUCCGGUGUCUCAAUCGGCGAUAUACGCGACUUUGGCUGUAAUCGCGUUGAACAUUUAUAUUCAGUUGACUGACUUGCUCCUUCAGGAUGUUGCGGCUUUUGAACUUGAUGGGACAUGUGAUAUUGUUCUUCGAGUGGAGGAUGUGGCGACGAUCGAGACCGGGAAUCAGUCGAUUGCGGCGCAUGAUUGGAAAAGUGAUGAUGAUUCCGGUGAUUUUUGCAGAUCCCCAGAGCUUACAGCAAGACUACCCGGGGAGAUGGUGGUUUAA